AUGUGGAGGGAGUUGGUUAUCGCUGUAAUCGCUAUCGCGACAUUCGCGGUGCCAGGUGAUGAGCUGUCAAGUGAUAAGUUGAAACUGGCGAGCUGUUACUAUGAAUGCGGAGAGAAGUACGGCACUGUGAGGCGAAGAAUUCUUCAUUCGGGCGAUCCAUACGACUUCCUGGAUGUGAGUAACAGCGCUAAUUUUACGCUGUGUGAAUGGGGUUGUUUGCAAUCAGAAACAAACGAUACAUCGUUACAGCCAUUCCUUAACGGGCAGGAGGCAGUGCGUGGUACCGUUGUUGUGCAGAGUAACAUUUUGAGUUUUUCGCAGUAUAAUUGCUCACAUACACUGCAGUCAGAAUUAGUCUUUUAA